AUGUUAUUUGGAGAUAAAAAGAUGGCCUAUCACAAAGUGAAUGCAGACCAGAGAGCACAGGGGCACUCUCCAUACCUUGACAACGAUGAGCUCCAAGCCACAGCGUUGGAACUGGAAUGGGACAUGGAAAAAGAGCUGGAGGAGCCUGGCUUUGACCAUUUCCGACUGGAUAGUGCAGUCCAGCAUCACCUGGGAAACUCCCAGAGCCCUGACCUUGAUCUCGAGCCCAUCCAGACUUCAUCUUCUCCCAAAGGAAGAUUCCAGAGGCUUCAGGAAGACCCCGACUACAUCUCACACUACACGAGACAGGCACCAAAGAGCAAUCGCUGCAGUUUUUUUCGGAUACUGAAAGUAUUUUGCACUGCUUUGAUUUUAUUUAUUUUUGGAAUUGUGAUAGGAUAUUAUGCUCGCAAGAAAUGCCCCUCUCCCCCAGCAUCUCAAGAACCAAAUAAUCCUCAUAUCUACCAUGAAAUUCUCAAGGAAAUCAAAGCUGAAAAUAUUCAACAGAUUUACAGAGAUUUGUUACAGUUCCCUAGGGAAGAUGAUGUAGACAUUGCAAUGAAAAUUCUGGUUCAGUGGCAUUCCCAAGGCCUGGAAGAUGUCCGGCUGGUGAAUUACUCUGUUCUGCUUGACCUACCAGGCUCUUCUUCAAACACAGUAACUCUGAAAAGCAGUGGUGAAUGCUUUUAUCCGAGUGGGCAACAGUGCAGCAGAGACCCCAAAACACUUCAUAGCCAAGACCUCCUGUACUCGUAUGCAGCUUACUCUGCCAAAGGAACUCUUGAGGCAGAGCUGGUUGAUGUGCAGUAUGGUACCAUGGAAGACCUGCUCCGGAUUCAAGCCAUUACAAACGUGACCAAAAAAAUUGCACUUUUGAAGCUAGGACAAUCACCUUUGCUUUAUAAGCUUUCCUUGCUGGAAGAUGCAGGCUUUGGUGGUGUUCUUCUUUACGCUGACCCUUGUGACUUACCAAAGACCACAGAUCUUGCUGAUAAAGCUUUUAUGGUUUCCUUGAACAGCGGAGGAGAUCCAUCAACACCUGGCUAUGCCAGUAUUGAUGGAAGCUACAGGCAAAAUCGACUGAAUCUCACAACACUGUUAGUACAACCAAUUUCUGCUGUGCUUGCCAGAAAACUUGUUUCCUUACCUGAGGACAGUGUCCAAAAAGAUAGGUGUACACCCCUCCAGCUGCCACCUACAGGAAAAAAAAUAAUCAGUCUGAAUAUUCAGUCAGUCACAACUUACAAGACUAUUUCUAAUGUUAUUGGAUAUUUAAAAGGAGCUGUAUUUCCUGACAGAUACAUCAUCAUUGGGAGCCAUCACAGCAGCUUGAACCCUUAUGGACAAGGAUGGGCCAGUAGCACUGCUGUCAUCACAGCAUUGAUCCAAGCCUUGACACUGAAGGCUAAGAGGGGCUGGAGACCUGACAGGACCAUUGUUUUCUGCUCAUGGGGAGGAACAGCCUUUGGGAACAUUGGUUCAUAUGAGUGGGCUGAGGACCUCAAGAGAGUUCUUCAAAGAAAUGUUGUGGCUUAUGUUAGCCUUCAUGAUCCAGUCAGAGGCAACUCAACUUUACACCCUGUUGCAUCCCCUUCUCUUCAGCAGCUGGCAGCAGAGAGCCAGAGCCUCAACUGUGUGGAAAAGACUAGAUGUCAAGGAUCUAAUGUGAGUUCUGUGCAGAUACAGGGUGAUUCAGACUAUUUCAUCAACCAUCUCGGAGUACCUGCCACGCAGUUUUCUUACGAGGACAUCAAAACUUCAGAGAAUUCUAGCUUUCUCUCUGAAGCUCUUUUUCCUGUACAUGCAACAAAAACUGAAGAACUGGAUCCCUCCUUCAGUCUGCACGAGACCAUCGCAAAGCUAACAGGACAAGUGACUUUGAAAAUUGCCAAUGAACCAGUUUUGCCGUUUAAUGCCCUCGACAUCGCAUUAGAAGUUCAGAACAGUCUCAAAGGUGAUGAAGUAGGCGUUCCUCAGUUGCUUGCAGUGGCCUCACGUCUGAGGGACACGGCCGAGCUGUUCCAGUCGGACGAGAUGCGCCCGGCCAACGACCCCAAGGAGCGAGCUCCUGUCAGAGUCAGGAUGCUCAAUGAUGUGCUACAAAGCUUGGAGAAAAGCUUCCUGGUUCAUCGAGCUCCUCCAGGACUUUACAGAAAUAUUCUUUACAGACUGGAUGAAAGGACCAGCCAGUUUUCAGUACUGCUGGAGGCACUGGAGCACUGCAAACUGCAUCAGUCAAAUGAGACCAUUCAAGCAGCCUUGUCAGAGGUGCUGAACAGCAUCAAUUCAGCUCAGGUUUACUUCAAAGCAGGACUUGAUGUGUUUGAGACUACCUUAGCUGGAAAGAAAUGAGAGGAUUCUCUACAUUCUAAGACAUUUGUUUACAACUUGCUAAACAAAAGUUCGACUUGGACCAGAAUUGCUCUGAGGAUGACACAUUUCUCAGCUUUUCCUUCAGUUGUCGCUUAAAGGUACCGCGGAGCGUGGUUUUAUAAAUAUAAAACAGUCUUUUGCACUGUUCACAGUAUAUCUCAAAUGUCUAUUCCUGAAUGUACAAAACAUGAGAGGGAAUAACACUUAAGAUAGGAUUUUUUGGAAGGACAUCUGCUGUAUUUUUAUAUGUAAAAUAUGUUUUUAUGACUCAGAUCUCAAUCUUGCGAAGUACCAAGCACAUCCUGCAACGCGCUGAAGACCUGGUUCUGAGACACCCCAGGUGUAUACCUGGGUGAGUUUUCCAUCCCUGCUCUGUCAGAAAAAUCUGACUUAAGUAUACUCUUGUGUUUCUUAACUUCUUCAGCAAGCUCAUCUUCUUCCUUACUCCGUUCAUAGUAAGUAGUUGAAGGAUGUGGCAUUUCCUCAGUUGUCCAGCACCAGAGUAAAAAUGCACAAAACACCUUUACCAGUGCAAUCCAACAUCUUUACUCCUGUGGAACAAUAAAUACCUCAAUUCUGAGAAUACAGAUAAACUUUGAUUAUUCCAUUUCUGUAUGAAAAUAAAGAGUUGUUUUCUCUAA